AUGCCGGCCGCUAUGACCCGUCGUCAAAUAGCCCGCAUCGACCACCACGCCGAGAUCCUCUUUUCGGCCGCACUCGAGGCUAGGGGCAACACACCCCCCGCUCUUGAAUCCGACUCUACGGACCUGAAUGCCGCCAGAGCCCGAGCCAUGUGCAGAAGACUCCGGGGCCUCUCCCAUGAGUGCUCGGUGUAUAUUGUGGAAGAAAUCUUUCUACCACAAAUAUGCAGCUUUCUGUCUAUACAUGGGGGCAGUUGCAAUUCCGGUAACGAAGCGUCCUUCGUUAUCGGGGCGUUAAACCAUGUUUUGAUGCUGGGUGCUGCUAUCCUCUGUGCGAGGAGAUUCCUUGAGUACUCCGUCGAUAUUGUGGAAAACAUCUUUAAGCCACAAAUAUUCAGCUUCCUGUCCGCAUACGGGGACACCUGCAACUUCGGUAAUGAGCCGUCCUUCGUUAUCGGGGCAUUGGACCAUGUUCGGAAUCUGUGGCCCUCUGACUCGACCCAGAUAUUAAUGCUGGGUACAGCUGUCCUCUGCGUGAAGAGGUAUCUCCAGAGCCGGUGGGUCAAGGCUAUUAUGGUCCGGUGCGCGGUAUGUCCCGACGGGAAGCCGGGGAAAAUAGAGGACGUUCUAAAGCAUGUUGGUAAGGAUCAUGCAGGUCAGGCCGGGUGGGAGUGGUUUAUGCAGAAAUGGCCGCUGUAUUUACCAAUAAAGGCCGCGGGAAUGCCGUUCGAAGACGCCAGUGAUUAG